GGGGGCUAAGAGGACGCAGAGAUGUAAGCGAGGGGAGGUUGUAAUAUGUGCCGAUGCGUGCCCACACGCCUGCCCUGCCGCAACGCCAACGGGCUCGGCCUGCUCUUUUUAUUCCUUAUAUAUCGAUCCAUCGACUUUGAUCUUCGACGUCUGAAUGCGGGUAAUCUGGUUGCUUGUUGUCACAUUUUUCUUCUGUCAAACAUGGGUUGAUGCACGAAAGAAGAACCAGAAUGUGAAGGUUACGGUAGCAGAUGAUAUUCCGUUACCGAAGAAAGCCGCAUCAGCUAAAUCGGCGCCAGGUCAAAAGAAAAGUGGCAAGGCAGUAGAAGAACCGCAGCAUGAGGACGAUAAUUCUAUCGAUGAUGUUGAUGAGGACAAAAUUGAUGAGAUAUUGCGAGAUGCCACUAAAAAUCUCGUUAUCUUUUUCUAUGAUGGCCGAGCUCAAUGUCCGUCUUGUGGAGAGGCGUUGUCCGAGGUGGAAGAAAUCGACGACGACAUUGAAGCCACUGGUUAUGUCCAGGUUGUGAAGACAGACGACCGCUCAGUCGCAAGAGAUCUUGGAAUCGUCACCUUCCCGUCGCUCGUCUAUUAUCGGAGAAAAAAUCCAAUUUUGUAUGAUGGUGAAUUCAAGGACUCGGAGGAAGUAUUACGAUGGUUACGAUCGCACGAAGAAGUUGUCACUUGGGAUCUAACCGAUGACAACUUUGAGUCUCGAACUGAUUCGCAUUCACCAGAUGAGGGUACUCUCGACUGGUUUGUCAUGUUUUAUGAUGCUGACGAGAGCGCAUGCAACUCCUUCAUUCCAUUAUGGGAAACAGUUGCACACAAAUUACGCGGGCUGGUUCAUGUGGGAAAAGUUGAGACUUCUGUCAACGAUGACGUCACUGACCGUUUCCAUAUUGACGAGAACGACUGUCCAACAUUUUUACUAUUCCAUCGUGGAAAAAUGUAUCGAUACAAGGAGUCGGCGAAAGAUGUAAGAUCUUUGACGAAUUUUGCACUAUUCAAGUUCAAGGAACAACGAGGAAUGAGAGUCCCUGAACCACCUACGGCAAUCGAACAUUUGUACGAAUUUACAAAAGAAAAGAUCAUUGAUAUCAUGGAGGACAAUCAGAUGCUGUCUGUGAUUGGUGUUGGCGGUUUGAUUCUCAUCGUUGCGGUUACUCUUAUCGUCAAGGCAUAUAGGAUCAAGCAGGAGGACAAGGCCAAGUCAGCUUAGGCGCCAGAUCAAGAUAUUCUACAUCUGCUCAAUUCAUCUUGUGUAGGCUCAUAAAUUGAACAGAAAGUGCCAUUGUUCUUAAUCCAUUUCUAGUUUUUCCCAUAUCAACUCCAUCACACUUUGAGCUCCGUUCCUUGCUCUACUGUUCCGAACAAGUUCUUCUAUUUCAGUUUUCCAAGGGCUUUCACUGAUUAGCCUUUGUUCCCAGCUGUGACUUUUGCUUGCAAUAGCUCUUUAUGUGUGCGUUGUACCUCUCGACACCUAUAGACAGUUCGAGACUGUUGUUCUGAAUCGACAGCGGUCGCUAGGAAACCAAGCUUUUACAUGCCCCCAAUGCUUUUCGAUUUUGACCGAAUCGCACCUCUACUUAUGCUUCAAUGAAGAUCACUUUGUCAGCCUGACGUAGUGGUCUCCACUGUGCCUAGUCCAACGUGUCUUGUUUAUUUGUCUUCUCGUUUUUAUUCAGAGUUUACGUUGUACCUUUUGUGCAUUUAUCAGGUUAAUUUCUCUUUUCUUCAAUGAAUUAUUCUCAUAGC